CCUCCUCCUCCUCCGAUUCAAUCGAUAAAGCCGUCAAGACUGUUGACUGCAUACUCGAAGAGAAGCGCCCUGCUGAGUUGUCCGCUCGCAUCGCUUCUGGAGAAUUCACCGUGGAGCAAUCUGGUUUUCCAUCUCUUAUAAAGAGCAGUUUGUCAAAGCUGGGCAUUUCUAGUGGCAUGCUUGAGUUCCUAUUUAAAUGGAUUGAUGCUUCCAAAGACUAUCCUAAGAUUCCUGAGGCAAAGGGUGCAAUUAGUGCCAUUCGGAGCGAGGCCUUCAUUGUUCCCCUUUAUGAGCUUUUCCUCACCUAUGGUGGAAUCUUCAGGUUGACAUUUGGGCCCAAGUCCUUUUUGAUUGUUUCUGAUCCUUCCAUCACGAAACAUAUAUUAAGGGACAACUCAAAGGUUUAUUCAAAGGGUAUUCUGGCAGAAAUUUUAGAAUUUGUGAUGGGAAAGGGUCUUCUCCCAGCUGCUGGGGAGAUAUGGCGUGUUAGACGACGUGCUAUAGUCCCAGCAUUGCAUCAAAAGUGUGUUGCAGCAAUGAUUAGCUUAUUUGGAAAAGCUACAGAUAGACUGUGCCAAAAUCUUGAUGCUGCCGCAUCCAACGGGGAAGACGUAGAGAUGGAAUCACUUUUCUCUCCUUUGACAUUGGAUAUUAUCGGAAAAGCAUUAUUUAAUUAUGAUUUUGAUUCGUUAACAAAUGAUACUGGGAUAGUUGAGGCUGUAUACACUGUCUUGCGAGAAGCAGAAGAUCGAAGUGUUGCACCACUUCCAUACUGGGAUAUUCCCAUAUUCAAAGACAUAUCACCACAGCAAAAAAGGGUCACUGCUGCACUCAAGCUGAUCAAUGAAACACUUGAUGAUCUGAUUGCAAUGUGUAAGCUCAAGUGGGUGAAUCGACUUGCUACAGUUAAAAAUGAUGGAACUGUGCAGUUUGAAGUUCCAGGAGAUAUUAAACCCAAAAGCAUUGAUUUUGGAACUGGAGUCGUUUAUAAUGGAACUACUGGUGAUGAACCUGUUGAUGCAAUAGUCAUUCCAGAUCUACCUCCACUGCAAAUUGUUAUGCUUAUUGUUGGAACACGGGGGGAUGUACAGCCAUUUGUUGCCAUUGGCAAACGUUUACAGGAAUUUGGUCAUAGGGUGCGACUAGCGACUCACUCUAAUUUCAAGGAGUUUGUGUUGGCUGCUGGAUUGGAAUUUUUUCCUCUUGGUGGAGAUCCAAAAGUUCUUGUUGGUUACAUGGUAAAAAAUAAAGGGUUUUUGCCAUCUGGACCUUCAGAAAUACCCAUUCAGCGAAAUCAAAUAAAGGAAAUCAUAUUCUCCGUACUUCCUGCAUGCACAUAUCCUGAUCCGGAUACUAGAGUUCCAUUUAAAGUGGAUGCAAUAAUUGCCAAUCCCCCUGCAUAUGGACAUACGCAUGUUGCAGAGGCACUAAAAGUACCACUCCAUGUAUUUUUCACAAUGCCAUGGACGCCUACCAGCGAGUUUCCACAUCCUUUUUCUCGUGUCAAACAAGAAGUUGGAUAUAGACUAUCAUAUCAAAUUGUUGAUGCACUAAUUUGGCUUGGAAUAUGGGACAUUAUAAAUGAGUUUAGGAAGAAAAAAUUGAAGCUGAGACCUGUGACAUAUUUAAGUGGUUCUUAUAGUUCUCCAGAUUUGCCUUAUGGUUAUCUUUGGAGUCCUCAUCUUGUUCCCAAACCGAAAGAUUGGGGACCUAAGAUUGAUGUGGUUGGGUUUUGUUUCUUGGACCUUGCCUCAAAUUAUGUACCUCCAGAUUCACUUGUGCAAUGGCUGGAAAAUGGUAGAGCGCCUAUCUACAUUGGAUUCGGUAGCCUUCCUGUUCAAGAACCAGAGGAAAUGACCAACAUAAUUGUUAAAGCACUUCAAUUGACUGGUCAAAGAGGCAUCAUUAACAAAGGCUGGGGUGGCCUAGGGAACUUGGCAGAACCAAAGGACUUUGUGUACUUAUUGGACAAUUGCCCUCAUGACUGGUUAUUCUUACGAUGUGCUGCUGUGGUGCAUCAUGGGGGGGCAGGAACAACUGCUGCUGGUCUUAAAGCUGCGUGCCCAACAACUGUUGUUCCUUUCUUUGGGGACCAACCAUUUUGGGGAGAGCGGGUUCAUGCCAGGGGAAUAGGUCCUCCACCCAUCCCUAUUGAGGAGUUCUCACUUGAAAAGUUAGUUAAUGCAAUACAUUUCAUGCUGGAUCCUAUGGUGAAACAACAUGCUAUCGAAUUGGCAAAGGCCAUGGAAAAUGAGGAUGGGGCGACAGGUGCAGUAAAUGCCUUCUAUAAACAUUUUCCUCGUGAAUGCCUCCAGCCUAAGCCUGAUCCUCCAUCACGUCCUCGAUCUAGUGCUGUCUUUCUUGAAUAUAUGUAUUCAUCUGUAUUUUGCUUUUUGUAGUAAAAGAUGAAGGCUGCUGCCUGAAAUUUUUUUUUAUUAUUUUUUUGUUCUCUCCUGGCUUAUCCUCUGAGUUCAUUGGUGGUUGUGUGAGUAUGUUUUGUUUUUGUUAUUGUUUUUGUUUUUGUUUUUGUAAUGACAAAUAUAAGAUUUUAAGUUAUAUAUAACCCUCUUUGCAUCA